AUGUCCAUCCAACUGGACCCACCACAUCCCGUGCUACGAUCCAAACAUCGCCGUCCACUUUCCCUUCGCAGACAACGUUUUCCGCGAGCGACACUGUCCGCCUCCUUCCGCCCGCCCGCGCUGCCUGAUUCCCCCUCCCCCGGCUACCAGCGCGCGCCUGCCUGGCCGGAUAGUCUAUGGAGCGUGUGGCGCAACAACGUGCCGCACUCAAAAAUGCACAAAGACCCGCGGAACGUCCUGUGGAUGGAGCUACGUGGCAACACGUGGCACUUCCCGCACGCCCUGACGGCCAUGCCCGAAGCGGACGGCGCGGAGCGGUACGUGGCGCAACUGCGCAACUUCAUUCCGUUCGGCUCGCGCCUCCGUACGGCGCUCGACAUCGGCGCGGGGGUGGGGGGGUUCGCGGUGGAGCUGCUGCGCCAGGGCAUGAUCACCGUGUCACUGGGCCCGCGCGACGGCUUCCGCGGGCAGGCGCAGUUUGCGCUCGAGCGCGGGCUGCCCGCGCUGGUGGGCAUCCUAGCGACGACGCGCCUGCCGUUCCCGUCUCUCGCGUUCGACCUCGUUCACUGCUCGCACUGCCAAGUCCCCUUUGGCCUCCCCAACGGCACGCACCUGUUGGAGGUGGAUCGCCUUUUGCGCCCGGGGGGCUUCUUCGUGCUGGCGGGGCCGCCCGUGCGCUGGGCGGGCAGGGCGGCGGAGUGGCGCGCGCUGCGCGCUAAGGCGCGCGCGCUGUGCUGGCGGCUGAUGCUGGUGGUGCCGCACGUGGCCAUCUGGCGGAAGAGUAGGGGGGCCGAGGUGGCAGGGGGAAGCGGGGGAAGCGGAGGGGAUUGGAGAUGGUGUCCUGGCGCGGAGGGAUAUAGAGAGGCGGAAGGGGAGGGGGGAGGAACGGGGGAGAGAGAGGAGGGGGGAGGAAGCGAGAGGGAGGAGGCGGAAGAUUCGCAGGAGGGAGGGGCGGAGAGAGAGGAGGGGGGGGCGGCGAGAGAGGAGGGAGAGGUUGAUGAAACGGGCGAGGAGGGGGGAGAGGAGAAGGUUGAGGAGGAGGGCGGGGGGGAGGGAGAGAUGGGCGCAGAGUACAGCAAGCGGCAGGGCACGGCACUGGCAGCGCUGUCGCCGAAGCAGAAGCGCAUGAACAUGGAGAGCAAGCGCUGGGGCAAGCGACUGGCGCACUAUGAGUUGCUGUUCCUGGGGGACCUGCUGGGCUACCAGGGCAAGAGGAAACGGCACAAGGGCGCGGAGGGGGAUGGUGGAGAGGCCAAGGCGGAGGAGAGCGAGGAGAAAGGGAGGAGCAAGGAGGAGAGUGGGCCUGGGAAGGUCCGGAACGUUCUGGACAUGAACGCGGGGGUUGGGUCGUUUGCGGCGGCGCUGCAGGGGAGGGAGGAGGACGGGGAGGAGCGAGUGUGGGUGAUGAACGUGGUGCCUGUGAGCGGCCGCCUCAACACCCUUGCAGCGGUGUUUGACCGCGGGCUGGUGGGCACGCUGCACGACUGGUGUGAGGCGUUCUCGUCGUACCCACGUACAUACGACCUCGUGCACUGGCAAGGCGUCUCCUCCUCCUUUCACCCGAACCGAUGUGACAUAGAUGACGUGAUUAUAGAGGUGGACCGCCUGUUGAGGCCAGGAGGCACGGUGAUUGUGAGAGACCUGCCCGGCGCCCUGGCGGACCUGCAGCGAGCUGCGAGAGCAGCGCACUGGAAUGUGACGGCAUACCUGCCCGAGAAGGGCAGCAGCAGAGAGCACUUGCUGGUGGCUCGUAAGCCGCUGUGGAAAGUGGAUGCACGGGGGGUGAUUGAGAUCGUAGACACUGAUUUUUCCGCCUACUCCGCGGAUGCGCUGGGCGCGGAGAUGGCGGCCAUUGCGCUGCCGGCGCUGCUGGCGCUCGCCGCCGAACCCGUCGCGUCCCUCGUCGAUACGUUCUACAUCGGGCAGAUGGGCGCGGAGGAGCUGGGGGGGGUGGGGGUGGCGGUGGCGGUGGUGGGGGUGGUGUCCAAGGUGCUCAACGUGCCGCUGCUCAACAUUACCACGUCCUUCGUCGCUCAGGAUCAUCACCUCCUCGCACGCCCACCGCACCACCAGCCUCACCACCCACACGCCUCGCAUUCACUAUCCUCCGCGUCCUCCGCGUCCUCCGCCCCCUCCGCCCCCUCCGCCGCCUCCGCCCCCUCCGCCGCCUCCGCCCCCUCCGCCGCCUCCGCGACCUCGUCCAAGCCCGUGGUGCCAUCCGUGUCCGCGGCGCUGCUAAUGGCCCUGGUGCUCGGCGCAUUAGAGGCGCUGCUGCUGGCGCUGGCGGCAGCGCCGCUGCUGGGGGUGAUGGGCGUGGGCCCCGCGUCGCCCAUGCACGCGCCCGCGCUGCAGUACCUGCAGGUGAGGGCGGUGGGGUCGCCCGCGGUGGUGCUGUUCCUCACGGCGCAGGGCGUGUUCCGCGGCCUCAAGGACACUCGCACGCCCCUCGCUGCCUCCGUGAGUGGUAACGUGGUGAACAUCCUGCUGGACCCCAUUCUCAUCUUCUCCUGCGGACUGGGCGUGUCAGGCGCUGCAGCCGCCACGGUGGCAGCACAGUACGGCAUGGCGGGGUGGCUGCUGCUGCAGCUGAGCAGCACAGUGCAGCUCAUCCCACCCUCGCUCUCCCUCCUCUCCUUCCACCGUUUCUUCAAGUCCGGUGAGACCUGCCACUCACAACAGAGCUCGCAUCAGCAUCAGCAUCAGCAUCAGCAUCAGCAUCAGCGCAUCAGCAUCAGCGCAUCAGCAUCAGCAUCAGCAUCAGCAUCAGCAUCAGCAUCAGCGCAUCAGCAUCAGCAUCAGCGCAUCAGCAUCAGCAUCAGCGCAUCAGCAUCAGCGCAUCAGCAUCAGCAUCUGCAGCACAGCAUCAGCAUUAUCAUCAGCAUCAGCGCAUCAGCAUCAGCAUCUGCAGCACAGCAUCAGCAUCAACGCAUCAGCAUCAGCGCAUAA